AUGGCAGAGCAACUCGCUCAACUAGUGCGCGAGGUGGAACGCAUAGUCACCGCACCUUACGUACCUUCGUUACAGGAUCUCAAUGAUUUGGUGCAGCGAAGCCAAUCUUCGACAUUUGGCGCCUGGGCAUUUUGCAAACCCUGCCAAGUUGGCUUGUUGGCUGAUGUUUUGAUCGAAGCCUUAUCACGGUCACGCGUCGCUCUGCCUCUGAUCACUGCAUUCGCAUCUACACCGUCCUUUAGAGAUGCGCUGCUCGAGCGACAUCCGGUGAUUUUGGAUGUCUUUUUAGAAAAGGCCGUGGAAACUAAUGGGGCUGAGUCUUUAUCGGCAUGUAUCGCAUUAUUCUCAUCGCCCUUGCCAGCGGGUGUUGUGCCGCCAGCUAGGGUUGCCCCAUUCAUCACGAGGAUGGUCAGCAUCAUGGCAGAAAAUCCCUGCGCUGAGACUGUAGCACCUCUUCACGCACUCAUCUCAGGACUCAAAGGCUCGCCAAGGAUAUUGAAUGAUAUUCCGUGCGAGGUCAUGUCCAAUCUCCAGUUGGAGUUCACCAAGACACUGCGCAACCUCGACGACCAUAUGGGCAACCUCUUGUGUCUGGCAACCUUUGCACAGAUUGCGUCGGCACUAGGUACAACAUCUCAAAAUAAACACGGAUCAGAAGCGCCAUGGCUUCUUAACAUUAAUCAUUUCUUUGGCCAGAAACGAGGCCUCAAAACACUUGACUUGGUUGUCUUGCGUGUUAUACUAGCUUGCUCAUCCAGUUGCAAUCUGGCACCCUCUGAGGCGGCUGAGAGCAUCCGGCUGGCGAUUUGCAUCGCUGAAGCAAUUGAGCCUGAGCAGAAACAGGCUUGGAUAGCAGGUAAUAAUCCUAAGAUUGCUAAGCUAUGUGAGAAGGCUGUCAGAGAUGGUCUCUAUGGCCAAACACAAACGAUGGUAAUCGUCUUUCUGCACACACUUCUCCCAGCACAUCUAUUGCCAUCCCAGCUACGGGAAUUUGGCAUAAAGGUCCUUUUGUCCAAGAACAGCCAAGAGACCGUGGGAAAGAUGCCACAUCAACUAAUCCCACGCCUCGCAAAGUCUUUAGCAGAAUCUGGGGAAUCUGCUACUCGUCAACUUCUGACCUUCACUUUUGACGUCUUAAGAGGUAGUAGAUGGUCGGAGACUGGAGAGAUGGCCACACUGCAUCUGGCACACUUGGUAUUGGCUGGUGUGCAAGAAGUACAUCCCGAGGUCAUGCUUUCUAGUGUCGACAACUCCAUGGUCCCUCUGAGGGAAGUUCUCGGGGAAAUGGUUGAACACUUUCCCCGGAAGCCAAGCGAAAGCCAAUGCAGUGGUCGAGCAUGGUGUGCAUCCGAGCUAUACACAAAGCAAAACAGGCUGUUUCUAUCUCUAUUGGGACUUUACAACACGGCGACGGCGCAAAACGGAAGCGACAUUAUCAUGAAGUCCUUUAUGCGACGAGUGGAGCAAUCAAUGCCGAGCCUCGACUGUGCCUUCUCAACGACAACUCCCAAAGCCUUCCAUGGCUCCCUCACCUUGCGCGACACAGAUAACCUCUCGUCGACUCAGAUAAACCGCAAUUGGCGAUCUGGAGUUACCGAGCUCUUCAUGCAGAAUGCCCAGACCUCUCACGACAGCAUGAUGAGGAAGAUCGAGGAUACGUGCUCUGACCUAGAGCGUCGCUGCUACGAUAUUGAAGGACCACUGCGAGCUGCUGAAGAAGAGCGGGACAUAUACGCGAGCGAAAAAGAGCAACUGAGUACCGAAAACACAGAGAUUAAAACUAAGUUACGGAACUUACAAGAAUCUUUUGUUGAACUUGGUCACGAGAACACACGCCUUGAGCAUCUCCUUCAAGGUCAAUACACAUAUACCGAUGAGCUAAAUAGGUCGCUCGAAUCCGCCCGCGAGGAGCUUCAGCAGCAGCAACGGAGUUCCGAGAAGGCACUUCUUGUCGAAAAGGAGAAGGCCCGAUCUAAGGAACUGGAGUCGAUCGCUACUCUAACUGGAAAGGACGAUCAACUGGAAGAGCUUCAGGAGGAGAUGUCCAGUUUGCAAGUGAAGAAUGAGCAGACACGUCAGAGUCUUGAUCAAGUCACAAGCGAAAAGGCCAAACUAUCCGAACUUUGUCGCUCUUUGAAGCAAGAACUUGCUAGCGCGAUAGAGGAAUUGAAGCAAGGCAGGCUUCUUGCUGAUGAGAAAGAAGAUGAAGUGAACCGUCUCCUGGCCCAGGAGGAAGAGUUGCGAAAGGAAAUGGGUUCCCUGGAAACAGCGGUUGCGCAACAGAAUAUUGAAGUUGACAGGCUCUAUUCUACGUUGGAAGAAUCCGAGGAAAAAUCGCGGAGCGAGAUUGAAAAACUGAAACAUGACCGUGAAGCCGAAGCUUCUCGGGCCACAUCUGAGAUAGCGAAGCACGAGACGGAAAAUCGGCGAUUGCGUACUGCUAUGCAAGCAGCCGCUCUUGAUGCUUCUAAAGAUGCCCAAUUAAAAGACAAACGGAUCCAACAUUUGGAGAGAAAGGUGCAAGCCUUACGAGACGAACGUACUGCCAAGGCCCGCGAGUUUUCAGAGGCACAACAACACAUUGGUCGUCUAAUGGGCGUAAUGGGCUUCUCUGCAAAUGCCCCUGAAUCAAACGCCCCUCCAAAACACCAACGGACCAGGUCCUCUCUCGACACCACUCCAGCCGCAAGGAUCCCGCAACCCACAAGCGAUGAUGAAGAUGGCACACAGCUGGCACAGUCCUUUGAGUCCAUGACCUCAAACUUCAACGAACGUACCCCAAAACGACCAAGAGGGAAUCGCAAAUCAACGAACCUGCCUUACAAUUUGAACACUCCCUUCCCAGCAGCUCCUAAGGCAAAAAGCCCGCCUACCAGCGGCAUGUCUCGCUCCGUGAGAAAGCCACUGGCAGAGGCGGACCGCAACAGCCCGACGAAAUCACAGUCGAACAGUGCAUUGAAACGCAAUCAGGUGGAUGAACCUUUCCAGGAGACACGGGUCCAGGGAACUUCUGAGGAAAAUCACAAUCUGGAUCUGGAUAUGGAUCUUGAGUUUUCCAGAGACUCUCUCUUUUCGAGCGCUGCUUUUACUGGGUCAACGGAUCAGAUUGCCCCGCAGUGA